GUGAGCCGGCUGCCGCCGCGCCCCGGCGCUGUCAUCCCGGGGCGGGGCCUGGUCCCCAGCUGUGGUCGCUUCCUAAGCGGCGGGGGCUGAGCCGGCGGCGCCCAGAUGCGGCCGCGGCGGCAAGGAGCUCGGGCGGCCGUGGAGGAGCCCAGCCUCGGCCGCAGGAGACGCCGGGAGCGGAGCCGCCGGGAGUCCCGCAACAGGUUUCCUUCCCCAUCGCUGCGCCCACAGGUGACGCGCGCCCUGCGGGGAGAGGGGCUUCUCGGUUCGCACUCUCGCUCCGGGUCCAGGCAAAAUGAAAGACCGGCUAGCAGAACUUCUGGACUUGUCCAAGCAAUAUGAGCAGCAGUUCCCAGACGGGGACGAUGAGUUUGACUCGCUCCACGAGGACAUCGUGUUCGAGACGGACCACAUCCUGGAGUCUCUGUACCGAGACAUCCAGGACAUUCAGGAUGAAAACCAGCUGCUGGUGGCCGACGUGAAGCGGCUGGGAAAGCAGAACGCCCGCUUCCUCACGUCCAUGCGGCGCCUCAGCAGCAUCAAGCGCGACACCAACUCCAUCGCCAAGGCCAUCAAGGCCCGGGGCGAGGUCAUCCACUGCAAGCUGCGCGCCAUGAAGGAGCUGAGCGAGGCGGCUGAGGCCCAGCACGGCCCGCACUCGGCGGUGGCUCGCAUCUCGCGGGCGCAGUACAACGCGCUCACCCUCACCUUCCAGCACGCCAUGCACGACUACAACCAGGCCGAGAUGAAGCAGCGCGACAACUGCAAGAUCCGCAUCCAGCGCCAGCUGGAGAUCAUGGGCAAGGAAGUCUCGGGCGACCAGAUCGAGGACAUGUUCGAGCAGGGUAAGUGGGACGUGUUCUCCGAGAACUUGCUGGCCGACGUGAAGGGCGCGCGGGCCGCCCUCAACGAGAUCGAGAGCCGCCACCGCGAGCUGCUGCGCCUGGAGAGCCGCAUCCGCGACGUGCACGAGCUCUUCUUGCAGAUGGCGGUGCUGGUGGAGAAGCAGGCCGACACCCUGAACGUCAUCGAGCUCAACGUACAAAAGACGGUCGACUACACCGGCCAGGCCAAGGCGCACGUGCGGAAGGCCGUGCAGUACGAGAAGAAGAACCCCUGCCGGACCCUCUGCUGCUUCUGCUGUCCCUGCCUCAAGUAGCAGGCCGGCCCGGGCCGCCACCGCCCGUCCCAGACCAUGGAGCGCGCUGGGAAGGACGCGCCAAAGCCGGGAGCUCUGCCCUGCAGGGAGUUGCCCCAACUCUUUCCGGAACUCAGUCUUUAGAGAAGAAACGCCAGGUUCAAGAAU